AUUAAUCGUGAUUUAUUGUGAUGGUGAUAUUUGCUAUUUUAUUUUAUUGUUGCAUAAUUUAUUUACACACACCCUUUAUGUUUGUGCACAUAUUACAUUACAAAUAUCCACUCCCUCUUUGUCUCCCAAAGUGCUAAAAAAUUACCCGGAAACAUCUUAUGAAACAUGUAAUUAUGCAUGCAUUCAUCCAUUUGGCAUGAACAGACAUGCACUGGAACAACCAACAUCAUCAUCAUGCCUGGGGUUGAUCUUUCCAGAAGCUUAGCUUACCUACUCGAAGCUAUGAUGAAUCACUUUUCUGAGGUAAACAUGAAAAUAUUCAUUAUAAAACAACAACAGCAAAGAUUUAGUGACUUAAUGAAACAUGUGACUCCUCUGAAACAUGACCAGAGUGACACAAACUGUACACGACAACGGACUCCUCCCUUUACAACUUUAAAUACAGACAAUAGUGGGAGGCACAAGCAAACGCCAUACUCUCUCUCUCCACAAAGCAGCUUUACAGUCUGUCUUUUACCUUCACUGUAAACGAUGGCAGAGGAAGAAGCUGGUGUUUUCGUCAACCAGGAGCAGUUCAGCUGUCCCAUCUGUAUGGACCUUCUGCGGGACCCCGUGACCAUUCCUUGUGGACACAACUACUGUAUGGAGUGCAUCAAGAGCUACUGGGAGCAGAAGAAACAGAAGAAGUUGUGCAGCUGUCCAGAGUGCAGACAGACCUUCUCCCCGAGACCGGCGCUCAACAAAAACACCCUGUUUGCUGAAGUUGUUGAGAAGCUGAGACAGACUGGAACGCGUUCAUCCACCAUCCCUGGAGCUGAGACUGAUGAGGUCAUUGGAAAAGAAAAGCAGGACCUCGUCAUGUUCUGUCAGCAAGAGCUUACGCAGUCACAGAUGAGAUGCCAGCAGGUCAUAAAGGAGCGCGAGACAGAGCUACAGGAUCUGAGUCACGCCGUCCUCUCUCUCAGGAGCUCUGCCCAGGCAGCAGUGGAGGAUACGGAGAAGAUCUUCAGUGAGCUGAUUCUGUCCAUUGAGGCACUGUGUUUCAAGGUGACAGAGAUGAUAAAAACAAAGGAGCAGAUGGAAUUAGACGAGGCACAUGGAUUUAUGGAGAAACUAGAGCAGGAGAUCUCAGAGCUCAGGAGGAGAGAUGCUGAAUACGACACGCUUGCACGCCUUGACGAUAAAACUCAGUUCCUGAAGAGUUAUGAAGCACUGUGUAGUCAGCUGGAGUUGGUGACCUCUCCUGCAGUUCUAGUCAAUCCGGACUUCACUUUUGAGAGGGUGUCAAGAAAACUCACAUAUCUCUGUGAGGACAUUAAAGAUCUGUGCCAGAAGAAAUCUGAGAAAUUGUCAACAAAAGUGACAAACCUGAAGUUUAUUCCUACUCCUGAACCUAAAAUCAGAGAGCAGUUUUUGGAAUAUUCGGGUCCCCUGACUCUCGACCCGAAUACGGCUCACAGAAACCUCAGCGUUUCCUCAGAGACCGGCGAGGUGAUGUGCAGUAAAACCUCUCUAUCCGUUCCUGACCACCCAGAGAGGUUUGACAGCUAUUACCAGGUCUUGUGCAGGGAGAGCGUGUCCGGUCGAUGUUACUUUGAGGCAGAGUGGAGCGGGAAGGGUCCUGUGCACAUCUCAAUGUCCUAUGAGGACAUCAGCAGGAAAGGAAAGAGCACCCUGUGUGCUUUUGGACACAACGCCCAGUCCUGGAGUCUGGUGUGCUCUGAGGAUACAUAUGCAUUCUGGCACAAUGGACGGGAAACUAAGAUUCCCAAAAUGCAGUGGGCUCGUAGGACUGGUGUUUAUGUUGACUUCUCUGCAGGAAUUUUGGCGUUUUACAGCAUCACAGACUCAUUGAAUCUUAUCUACAGAAUUCGUAAUGCAUUCGCUCAACCGCUCUAUCCUGGAUUCAGAAUUAAUACCGGGUCCAGUUUGAGGCUUUGUUAUCCACUUUAAUGGCAUGAAAUGGAGAUUACUCAGUUCUUGAGCAGUUCUUUGAAACUUAACAAAUGAAGCAUGAGAGGUCAGCCUCUACUGGUUGUUAACAUUAGUUAACUACAUUAGUUGACAUCAGCUAACAAUGUAAAGUGCUUCUAAAGCUUAUAUCAAUCUUUGAUAAUUUCAUCAUUUACUAAUAUAAUAUUAAAAUAAAAAAUUAUAUCUGUUAAGAUUAUUUAAUUGUCCUGAGCUAACAUGGACUAGCAGUGAAAAUCUGUAUUUUAAUGUAAUAAACACUGUAACAAAUGCUCAUUGGAAAAGUGAAAUGACAUA